GACAGACUGGCUGGCGGGCGGGCGGGCGGGCGCUGACGCCGCGGGGCCAGAGCGGGCCGCGCGGGAGCGUGUGGAAAGACCAACGGCACCGUCGGUUCCCGUCGGGGCUCCGUGGGUCCCCGAGCUGCCCCUGGCUUGGCCAUGGCGGGCGCCAGGCCCGGCGUCCACGCGCUGCAGCUGGAGCCGCCCACCGUGGUGGAGACCCUGCGGCGCGGGAGUAAGUUCAUCAAAUGGGACGAGGAGGCCUCCAGUCGGAACCUGGUGACCCUGCGUGUGGAUCCCAAUGGUUUCUUCUUGUACUGGACGGGACCCAAUAUGGAGGUGGACACGCUGGACAUCAGCUCCAUCAGGGACACACGGACAGGUCGUUAUGCCCGCCUGCCCAAGGAUCCCAAGAUUCGAGAAGUACUGGGCUUUGGGGGCCCUGACGCCCGGCUCGAAGAGAAGCUGAUGACAGUGGUGGCUGGGCCAGACCCAGUGAACACCACAUUCUUGAACUUCAUGGCCGUGCAGGAUGACACAGUCAAGGUCUGGUCGGAGGAGUUGUUCAAACUGGCUAUGAACAUAUUGGCUCAGAAUGCCUCCCGGAACACCUUCCUGCGGAAAGCAUACACAAAGCUGAAGCUGCAGGUGAACCAGGAUGGACGGAUUCCGGUCAAGAACAUUCUGAAGAUGUUCUCAGCAGACAAGAAGCGGGUGGAGACUGCGCUGGAGUCCUGUGGCCUCAACUUCAACCGGAGUGAGUCCAUCCGGCCUGAUGAGUUUUCCCUGGAAAUCUUUGAGCGGUUCUUGAACAAGCUGUGUCUGCGACCGGAUAUUGACAAGAUCCUGCUCGAGAUAGGUGCCAAGGGCAAGCCGUACCUCACUCUGGAGCAGCUCAUGGACUUUAUCAACCAGAAGCAAAGAGACCCCAGACUCAAUGAAGUGCUGUACCCGCCACUGCGGCCCUCACAGGCUCGGUUGCUCAUUGAGAAGUAUGAGCCUAACCAGCAGUUCCUGGAGCGAGACCAAAUGUCUAUGGAGGGCUUCAGCCGCUACCUAGGAGGGGAGGAGAAUGGCAUCCUGCCGCUGGAGGCCCUGGAUCUGAGCAUGGACAUGACGCAGCCUCUGAGCGCGUACUUCAUCAAUUCCUCACACAAUACCUAUCUCACUGCGGGCCAGCUGGCUGGAACAUCGUCAGUGGAGAUGUACCGCCAGGCGUUGCUGUGGGGCUGCCGCUGUGUGGAGCUGGAUGUAUGGAAGGGACGGCCACCGGAGGAAGAGCCCUUCAUUACCCAUGGUUUUACCAUGACCACUGAGGUGCCAUUGCGUGAUGUGCUUGAGGCCAUCGCUGAGACAGCCUUCAAGACCUCUCCCUACCCUGUCAUCCUCUCCUUCGAGAACCAUGUGGACUCGGCAAAACAGCAGGCCAAGAUGGCUGAGUACUGCCGCUCUAUCUUUGGGGAUGCGCUGCUCAUUGACCCCCUGGAUAAGUACCCGCUCUCUCCCGGAGUCCCUCUGCCUAGUCCACAAGAUCUGAUGGGCCGGAUCCUGGUGAAGAAUAAGAAGCGACAUCGGCCCAGCACAGGCGUCCCCGACAGCUCAGUUCGCAAGAGGCCGCUGGAGCAGAGCAACUCAGCCCUGAGCGAGAGCUCAGCCACUACAGAGCCUUCCUCACCCCAGCUUGGGUCACCUAGCUCAGACAGCUGCCCUGGCCUAAGCAAUGGGGAGGAGGUGGGACUUGAGAAGACCAGCCUGGAACCCCAGAAGUCUCUAGGCGAGGAGGGCCUCAGCCGGGGACCUAAUGUUCUCAUACCUGCUGACCGAGAGGAUGAAGAAGAGGAUGAAGAAGAGGAGGAAACAUCGGAUCCGAAGAAACCCACCACGGAUGAGGGCACAGCCAGCAGUGAAGUCAAUGCCACCGAGGAGAUGUCGACACUCGUCAACUACAUUGAGCCCGUCAAGUUCAAGUCUUUUGAGGCUGCUCGAAAAAGGAACAAGUGCUUCGAGAUGUCAUCCUUUGUGGAGACCAAAGCCAUGGAGCAACUAACCAAGAGUCCCAUGGAGUUCGUGGAAUACAACAAACAGCAGCUUAGCCGCAUUUACCCCAAGGGCACCCGUGUGGACUCCUCCAACUACAUGCCCCAGCUCUUCUGGAAUGUGGGUUGCCAGCUUGUGGCUCUCAACUUCCAGACCUUGGACAUGCCAAUGCAGCUCAACGCAGGUGUCUUCGAAUAUAAUGGGCGCAGUGGGUACUUGCUCAAGCCUGAGUUCAUGCGGCGGCCAGACAAGUCCUUUGACCCCUUCACUGAGGUCAUUGUGGAUGGCAUAGUGGCCAACGCCUUGCGGGUCAAGGUGAUUUCGGGGCAGUUCCUGUCUGACAGAAAGGUGGGCAUCUACGUCGAAGUGGACAUGUUUGGUCUCCCAGUUGACACAAGGCGCAAAUAUCGCACAAGGACAUCCCAGGGGAAUUCAUUCAACCCUGUGUGGGAUGAAGAGCCUUUUGACUUCCCCAAGGUUGUGCUGCCCACGCUGGCCUCACUUCGCAUUGCAGCUUUUGAGGAGGGUGGCAGAUUUGUUGGGCACCGCAUCCUGCCUGUCUCUGCCAUCCGCUCUGGAUACCACUAUGUCUGCCUGCGAAAUGAGGCUAACCAGCCCCUGUGUCUGCCUGCCCUGCUUAUCUACACUGAAGCUUCUGACUACAUCCCAGAUGACCACCAGGACUAUGCAGAGGCCCUGAUUAACCCCAUCAAGCAUGUCAGCCUAAUGGACCAGCGGGCCAAGCAGCUGGCUGCUCUCAUUGGGGAGAGCGAGGCUCAGGCCAGUACAGAGACAUAUCAGGAGACGCAGUCUCAACAACCAGGGUCACAGUUCUUGCCCAACCCCACACCUAACCCACUGGAUGCCUCACCUCGCUGGCCCCCAGGUCCUACUACCUCCCCCACUAGCACCUCCCUCAGUAGCCCAGGGCAGCGAGAUGAUUUGAUUGCCAGCAUCCUCUCUGAGGUGACCCCUACCUCUCUAGAGGAGCUCCGAAACCACAAGGCUAUGGUAAAGCUCCAGAGCCGACAGGAUCGAGACCUGAGGGAGCUGCAGAAAAAGCACCAGCGCAAGACUGUGGCCCUCACCCGCCGCCUUCUGGAUGGUUUGGCGCAGGCCAGGGCUGAGGGCAGAUGCCGGCCCUCCCCCGGUGCCCCAGUCAGCAAACCUGAAGACAUUAAGGAGUAUCGAGAGUUCCAGAACCAAAAGGUACAGAUCCUGCUGGAGCUGAGGGAGGCCCAGGCCGAUGCAGAAACCGAACGAAGGCUGGAGCACCUCAGACAGGCUCAGCAGCGGCUCAGGGAGGUUGUCCUGGAUGCACACACAACCCAGUUCAAGAGACUGAAGGAGCUGAAUGAAAGGGAGAAGAAGGAGCUUCAGAAGAUCCUGGACAGAAAACGCAACAACAGUAUCUCAGAGGCCAAGACGAGAGAGAAGCAUAAGAAGGAGGUGGAACUGACAGAGAUUAAUCGGCGGCAUAUCACUGAGUCAGUCAACUCUAUCAGACGGCUGGAAGAGGCCCAGAAGCAGCGCCAUGAGCGCCUCCUAGCAGGGCAGCAGCAAGUCCUCCAGCAGCUAGUGGAAGAGGAGCCCAAGCUGCUGGCCCAGCUGACCCAGGAGUGUCGGGAGCAGCGUGAGAGGUUGCCCCAGGACACCCGUCGAUGCCUGCUAGGCGAGACAUCAGAGGGGCUGGGGGAUGGCCCCCAGGUGGCUUGUGCCAGCAAUGGUCAUGCACCUGCGAGUGGUGGGCACCUGUCCGGCGCUGACUCGGAGAGCCAGGAGGAGAACACCCAACUCUAAAUUGGCUGAACAAGAGGUGGCCCCAGGACUGGGGUGGGCACUGGGCAGUGGGUAGAAGACACUAAUGCUUUUUUUUUAACCUUUUAUCUUUAGAAAUUUUAUUUUUUUAAAAUCUGAAGCAAAUGCCUCACACUAACUCCAUUUUCUUGGGGCCUCUUUAGUCCUCAGCCUCCCUAACCUCAGGCCUAGGAAAAGGCUGGGACUAGUAUGCCAUCGCACUCACAAAGAUGGGUGUUCCCCCACUUCCAGGGAGCAGUAGGUGGAGCUCUGGGAAGUAGAGGCCAACCCUUUAUAUUUGGGAUUUUUUUUUUACGUGAAUAAAAGUGGACUUGAGGGA